GCCAUUUUUGUUUGUUUUUUUUUGAAUGCUUCUGCUCGCUGGUGUCUUUUCCAACUCAACAUGAGUAAGUCCGGCACCUUAAAAAUGAAGAAUUUGUUCAAAGUAAAGUCACCGGAGAAAGAGGGCAAGGGAGCCAAACAGUCGGACUCAACGAAAGCUGGAGUGGCCGCCGUGUCAGGAGGCAAGUCGGGGACUGCCCCGGCGAGCCCCGGCGAGCCUGCCAGUCCCGGGGACCCCGCCGCACUACCCGGGGACGGAGGGCUCAUUUCGCCGAAGCAAAAGAAGGCAAGGCGGAUGUUGUCGUUCAGGUUCAAACGAAAGAAAUCUAAGCCGAAAGAAGGCCGAGGAGGAGGAGGAGGAGGGGGAGAUGAUGAUGAUGAUAAUGAUGAGUUGUUCCCCAGCGAACUGGACCGCAUCAGCAGCCACAUCAGGAGCUUCGACCAGAUGAGUGUUUCGACAGCGUGCUCGUUCCAGACUGAAUCGGACUGGGACCUUCGUUCUGACUCCAACUCCAUGAUCUACUUCAACAUGACUCAGCAAGGAAGUCCCACUUCACCAACCAAAUACUGCAAGAAUUCAGAGGAGAAAAGGGGUGUGUUGGAUCGUCUCAGUCACUUCUUCAACCCCAAGAAGAGGAAGAGCCGAGGCAACCAGACUUCAGACUCUUCAGUCAAUGCAAGUUGUCCAGGUUCCCCCUCGCCCCCUUUGUCUCCACAUUCACCCUUGCUUAAACAGGAAGGUGGCUCAAAGACUCCUACUCCCUCCCGAAAAGACGACAAGUCGAAAGAGACAGAACUCCGAGGAGGAGUGGAGAGUGGCAACAACCUCAGCGAAAGUUCCAGCCGCAGUGCCUCUAGUGUGGUUUCUCUGUUGUCUGAUGAAGCAGAUAUUCCCUUUGCAGACUCUAACAGCAGUGGCUGUAGCAGUGUGAAGGAGGUUCCUGUGUGCAGGGUGAGCACUGCCGGGAGCAAAAAGAAUUCAGGGAAUGUGACCCCCACUGCUUUGGACUUUGCAACCGCCACUUUGCCAUGUUCAGAUACAAAAUCCGAGGUUGGAUUUGCAGAGUCAGUGGUGGAGGAGAUAAGCAAGAGGCUGCAGAUGGAUUUGGAGGAUAUCACAGAGAAGAAGGCAGAAGGUUUGACUAAGGGUGGUGAUGAUAGCCCAACCAACGUGCCAACACUUCAAAUUCCCUUUCCCAACAACGCUACACUCCCUAAGUCACCUAACUUAACGUCCAUAAGCUUAGUGACAGCAAAAACAUCAGUUAAAGUUGGAAAAAGUGUCCACAGCACGACCCUAAAGGGAAUAACCUUGGGCUCUAAAUUACCCGGAACUCACUCCUUCUCAACUCAACAUGAGGGUCCACUGGAUGUUGGCAGGGAAAAUUCCGCACAGAGCCAUUCACAGGAAAGAGACCAAGUACCAGCUGGUGAAUCUCCUACUCAACUCUUCAAAGCCAUAUUAGUAGAUACUCACCUUGGAGAGGAGGAGAGAAUAGGGUGGGAAGACAUGAGAGAGGAUAGGAAGGAGGAAAGGGAGGAGGACGUCAUACCACUUUCGCCUCCCGUGCUGGCCAUACCUGUCACAGUAUUUCCUGAGGAUGAGUCAGUUACCCAGGAGACUACAGGAACCACGAGCAGCUUGGCAGAGUUGUCCUCUGCGCCAACUUUGCUGGAUUUGAAAACGACUUUACGGCAGGCAGAGGAGCCUGACACUGGCACUGAGUCAAAGAAACACCCCCUUAAGAAGAAACAAGGGUCAAAAGAAACUUGUGUUACACGCAAGACUGUGAAUCUGCCUUCAAAGCCCAAGGAUGUGUCCCAUGAAGUACACGUUAGCCCAGAGCUAAGUUUGGAAAAGAAAAAUCAAGUGGGAGAAGAAGACAGCACAGAUUCCGCUUCAACGACUUCUGAGCAGACAAAGAAGAAUCUAUUGCUACAACUUCAAAACCACAACUCUGAUGAAAACAAACAUGCAGACUCAACAUCAUUCAAACCAUUUGAUGUAACUGAAGACAGAAACAUAUCUGAAUUUUUAAUUGAAGAAAAAACUGUCUGUCAGACAUCUGAAAUUGAGGGUACUUCUGUAACCCCUGCUAUGUACCGGGUGAAACUACAGACUGGGGUAUCUGGAAUAAGAGGCAAUGGGAUUAACCAGGCAACGGCCUCUAAACCAGGAGUAGCAGCUGAAAAGCGGCGUACCAUUGGAAGCGUAACAAGGCCCUCGGCAACAGCGGCGGUCGGCAAGGCCAAAAAUGUGACAACGAAAUCAAAGGGCUCCACGGAGGACAUUAAAGUUACAACAUCCAGUGAUCUACCACCACUAAAGCAACAAAGCAAUGAGAAAACAGUUUCUCUGAUAACACCAUCGCAAGGCAAAUCUACUAGUGGUCUCACAAAGUCUAAAAUUCCCAAAAGGCAAAUAUCAGAUGCUGAUAUAAACUCACUUGUGUCAACAGAUAAAGCGACAGAUGUUGAUGGCUCUUUGGCCACUUCCAAACUACAGAAAAACCCAAGAAUAGCGACUGAAUCUUUGAAAUCUUUCGUGUCUACAUCCAAAGGUGUCAGGAAAACAUGUUCUGACGAGGAAAAGGGUGUAAACGCUCCCUCAGCUGACAUUUCUCCCACUAAAGCAUUAAACCCAUUGCCACAUCAUGUGAAAGAAAAGCCAAAGGAUAUUAUUGAUGUUAUUCAGCAUAUUGACUUAGUAAAUGGAGUGGAAGAGGGACUUAAAAUAGGACAGUCUUAUCAGGAUAAACUUGCUUCCUUAACAUCAAAGAGUCGGCUACCUGUUUCAUCUCCAACUAGAAAGUUGAACAAUGAAGUACCUAAAACGAGUGAAGUCAACUACAGAAAUGUCACAUCUCCUCAAGUAGACAGACACAAACAAGCCCAGAAGUGCCCAGACCAACAAGAAGCAGCACUUGUGGAAAGACCUGCGAGUGAGAUCCCUCCUCCCUCUGGAAGUCCCAAGAAAGUUGCCACCAGCCAAGAUAAAGAAGACUCAAAGCUUUUCAAACAAUACCUGAAGACUCCAUUAAACAGUUCCGGUCCCACAUCUCCAAGCAAGCUCCCAAUGAGAAGCCAGAGGAGCUCGCCCAGUCUUAACUCGAGAAAAAUUCAACAUACUUCAACCAAUAAUUCGUCAAACAUGUCUAUAUCUAAACAGGACAGUUUACAUCCAAACAGUAACACAGAGACAGCUGUAACACCUAUAGACAGUGUUGCAGCAGAUCGUUUUAAAGACAGUUCCGCUGUGGGUACUCUUGAGGUUAAAUCCGGGUCUCACAGCGAAAAAGAAAAGAGUGUGACACUUACAAAUCCUUCUUGUGCCAGUGAAACCAGAGAGAAAAUGAGACCGCCCCAGGGGUUAGAAGAGGCCCCAACUAGUCCUAAAGGAAACAAUUCAAAAACUCAAAUAAUCAAGGAUAAUGAAACAGUGGUUACGGUAAAUCUUCAACACAAAGUUAAACCAGAAAAUAAAGCUGCGAUAGCUGAGGUAGCACCGACCAACAAGGUACCCAGUGCUGAGACUAAUAGGCAGAUAAAAGAGCAUGAAGCCCUACAACAACCGAUAUUGGAGCCUUUACCUAAAAAUGGAUCUCAUCUCAAAGGUGAUCGCGCUGCACUGGAAAUGCAAACGUCACAAUUGUAUUCAGAGAAUGUAAAGGACAAAGUACUUCCAGAGACAGUCAUGAUUACAAAUGACACAAAACUCGAUUCAGGCGUGAUGGCUCAGGCUGCUAAGGCAGCUCAUGAUAAUCUAAUGGAUAGUUCUGUUAACCCUGCCUUGGGUUACACCCUUCAAUGUGACAACAUUAUAGUCUCUCACCAGGAAGCCGCUUCCAUUGAAACAGCUAAAAAUACAAAUGUUCAUCCAAAUGAAUCUGUUUCAAAAGACCAUGAUUCUGAGCUGAUAACGGCUUCUUUCAGCUACACCUUCAAUAUCUUUAAACACUGGUGA